GAGAUUCGUGUUGAUGUGGGGAGAUGCGUGGAGGGGUGUGCACAUGUGUGGGUGGAAUGGGGUCGAGAUGUGAAGGUGUGCGGUGGGCUUCGGUGAUGUGUACAGGGGGGCAUGGUGGAGUGUGGUGAUGGUGAUGGCGUACGGGCGGUUACGUGGUCAAGUGCGGUCCAUGUUGGCAUGUCGUGAGGGUCGUGGGGCUUAGUUGAGCUGCGGCUCGUGUUUGGUUUCGCUGAUGGGUUGAGUCUGUGAUUGUGGUGGUGGAGUGGUUGUGGGGCCCGUGUCAAUGAUGAGGAGCGGUGUGAGUGCGCAUCGUGCAGCAGUGCUGGGCGGUGCACCCAGCGGGGUGCCACCAUCGUCGCGUGUGAGAGGAACAAAAGAGACGCACGGGCAGAUGCCGCGGGAGUGUGUCUCUGUGCGCCUGUGGCGGGGCUCUGGGCACGGGGCCUGUGGCGGGGCUCUCGCCUCGAGAGAAGGGCAGCCUGGUGGUGAUGAUGGCGAUGAUAUAUCCCUCUGUGGACACUGCAUGGGGUUGUGUUUAUGGAGAGACGACCAACUCGCCACACUGGAGCCCUGUUUUAACUAUGGGCGGUUGCCCGGAUUCAAACCCAGGCCCUCCGUGGUCAUCAGCUCAGUGCUCUGAUCUCCGAGCCGCCAACCCAUUUUAGUAUCUCUAAUGAGCCAAAACAUAUACAGUCAUUACUGUGGUUACUCGUUCAAGAUAAGUGUCAUCAGUAUGUUCCAACGUGACCCGUAGUCGAUGAGCAGUGACUAUAUGAGCAGGCAUCCAGCAGGCGGCUGUAUUGAUGGACCCGAGUCGCCAACAGCAGCAUCAGCAGCAGGGCACCGGCCUCAAUUAAAGCCGCACGCAGCUCGCAACAGCAGCAGCAUCAGCAGCAUAGCGGCCCACAACAGCGUGGUGAGCGGCUCGCAACAGCGUGGUGAGCGGCUCGCAACAGCGUGGUGAGCGGCUCGCAACAGCGUGGUGAGCGGCUCAUUUCGUACACGGCGACCAUCUCCCGUGUGUGGCAUUGCUUUGACAUAUGGACACGGUGUGUGCACUGUAUGGGGUGGAGCGGUGGGGUGACAUUUAAUUGUCAUCAACUCAAAAGCCCCGAGUUCGAUUCACAGCCGCGGCUGACAACAGCGGCGAGUGAUGUCUGAACCGGUUCCAGGCCUCCUUUUAUCCAUCAGUUGAUUGACAAAGGGCUGUAAACAAAGAUAUACCUGUAAGCUGUUCAUUGCCAUUCACAAUGAAUAUCUGCUAGACUUGAUUAGGAAUCUGUAUCAACCUGGCAUGAAUCCUGUGAACCAUGAUGUGUUUCGAACUGGUGCUACAAUACGCGCUCCCUGGAGAGUCGAUUGAUUUUCACGCUUUUCUUAAUGAAUCUAUUCAUUUGUAACAUUGCGGUGGAUGGGAGCACUUCAAGUGUACUGCAGGGGUGUGCUAAACUCAGUGAAUAGAACAUACGAAUCGAAAGAGAUACACAUGCGAUUCUAUAUCUGUGGUGCGAGCUGGUAAAUCGAUGUUUACGAACCAAUGCAUUUUAGGUGGUGUCUGCUCUAGCGUCCUUACGUCUGUUCUAGGGUGAACAUCUUUGUCUUGACAUCGGACACCUGACUAUUUGAUCAAUAAUGUUUGGAUUUACCUUUCCUGUAGUCACAGCUGUACAUCACAUACAGGACGUGCACGCACAUAUAUCCCACUCACACGGACAACGUGGUUUUAUUCGUGCAUCACUGUGGAUGACAUUGGUGGAACUGAUAGUAAGUAAAUCAGUCAUUUGCAGUGACGAAGCGCAUGUAUGCACGGUUUCAUUUCUACAUUCCUGUAUGUCUUCCGUAUAACGGCAUAUGCAAGCCCCUGCUGUUCUUCGGAGAACAAAGAAAUGCAAUUUGAGUAAACUACAGAUUUAAUGAAAGCAUGUCCUUUGACACCUUGUCGCAAUAGUUAUUCGCAUUGCCAAUUCUCUUCUGGUUGUGAAUACAGAGCGGUGCAAUUAAAGAGCAGAGGUUUAAUUGAAUAAUGUGGAGUUUAUGAACGGGGUAUUAUCAUUCACAUGUUGUGUGAACCUGCCAGAACGUAGCCUUAGAGCGGCUGUGGUGGCCUUAAAAACAAUCCCCGUAACAUUUUAUCAUUGCUUUUCUUCCUCUUCCUGCCGUGAUGUGAUGGUUAGCACACAAAAUUAGCAAUUCAGAGGUUCCUAGUUCUAAAAGCCUCCUGCCUUUCUCCACCCAGCAGUGUUUGUGGUUUUGAAAAUUGGAGUGUUGCUCAAAUCUGUAGGAAUUAAGACAAAAAUAUCUUAAGUUUUAAAGGGUUUUAUUUUUCUGGAUAGAGCUGCCUGAAAUAAAGCUCUCUCCAGACUACAAAAGAAAACUGAAGAUAAUCCGCAGCAAGUCACAAAAGUUAUGCAUAAUUGAAGAGUAUUCAUUAAUAAAUCAAACGGUUGACUAACAAGGGCAAAACAUGACUAAGGCUUUCGUGACUGGAGGAAUUCAUAUUCUUUGGGUCAGGAUGACGACCGCUUGUGUUGCGAUUGAAACGUCGUAGUUUUUUGUUAUGUUCUUUGAACCUAUCUACGUGACUUUACUGAAAGACCCAAAGAAUAAGGGCAAAACACUUCACGCAAUCAUCAUGGGGGGCAAAAGUGGGAUCCAGGAACCAGGACUGUCAGUGAGUAGGCGUUGGGUGCAUUCUGUGCAGCUAGCAAAGACAAGAAGGUCAUGGCUGUUUCCCCUGAGACAACAUGGCCUGGAAGUGAACAAUACAGAGCUGGAACAUUGAGAAUGCAGGUGACUUCACGUCGUGCUUACAGAUUAGCUGAAGAACUGCAAGAAUUUCACUUCCCAUAAGACGUUUAACCUAAGAAGGGACCAUAAGCUGAGGCUGAAACAUCAGGUGCUUCAGUUUAAGACUACUUAUUAGAACGUGUUUACAGAGCAUGGCAUUCAUACCGGUAGAAAUUAACAGGUUUGUUCCCUCCAUUAAACUGUCAAGAGUCGAUCACAUGGUGAGCGAGAGUCAGGAUAAACCCAAAACGCAAAUUGACAAUCGUAUAUUUAAGCGUUGAACGUGACUCAAGGGAGUGAUUAGCAGAAGACCAAAUGCACGCAAAGCUAGGAAACAUUAAAAAGGAAUCAAACUAAACAUUCACAACUACAAUUGUAGGUGUUCUAAGAAAUGGUGUAUGUUGGUCAACUAUACUUUCAUUAGAUAUUACGGUUGUCUUGUAUGCACAGCCAAAUGGUUUGCUUAAAAUAAGCAAACCAGAGAUCCAUGGACCUUGUGGGUGUUAGUAAAAUGGAAAAAUAAAUAUUGUGACUGGACUUGAGAAUUUGUUCUGUCCAAAUGAAGUAAUUGCAGCUCAAAUUCUUAAUUUAAUUAAAGUUAAAUUGUGCCAUGGUUUAGUCCUUGUCUGAAUCAUUAUUUAUAUUUUAAAACCGUUAAAUUAUCGUCAUUUUCACGACUUUCCCACCCUUCCCCUGUCCCAUCACCAGUGAUCCUUUAAAGUGUUACAAUUCUGGGUCACGCUUCGAAUCGAACUUUUUUAUAUCCCAUUUGUCCUGUGUUAUUUAUACCAUCUCUCGUGCACUGUCUUAUUCAUUAUGUUAGCUUAAAGGUAACAUAUAUAAAUUGCAUGAGUAAAUCUUGAUUCCUUGUUGCAAGUUUCAAGUUUGCUGUUUAGCCAUGAGGUGGAAACUCAAGAGACCAGGAAGUGGCCAGAGUCACCGCCAACAUUGCAGAAGCAAUCAGAAAAAGCAAAGCACAAGUGACUCUCUGUGUUGUGGUCGUUGCAAUCAAUAUGAAUCCUUACGUGCGUAGUAAUUAGAGAUACACCGACAGUAUUGGAUGACUGUAAGAGUACCACUUUUAAUGCUCAUAAUCAAAUACAUGUCAGUCCUUCGAAUAAAUCAGUAUAGCACUUCAUGUACACCAACAAUUUCAGUUUAUAUUGCAUCUCAUUCCAGUGGCAUUCCCAGCCACUUUACAGAAAAGUGAAAAAAGAGCCACAUGAAUAUGGGUGAGGGGUUUAACUCUUAAAUACUUCUUACGGUGGGACCCAAUUAAAUGAACCUCUAAUGAGCCAAAACAUAUACAGUCAUUACUGUGGUUACUCGUUCAAGAUAAGUGUCAUCAGUAUGUUCCAACGUGACCCGUAGUCGAUGAGCAGUGACUAUAUGAGCAGGUACCCAGCAGGCGGCUGUAUUGAUGGACCCGAGUCGCCAACAGCAGCAUCAGCAGCAGGGCACCGGCCUCAAUUAAAGCCGCACGCAGCUCGCAACAGCAGCAGCAGCAUAGCGGCCCACAAUAGCGUGGUGAGCGGCUCACAACAGCGUGGUGAGCGGCUCAUGAAAGGUAAUGAAAGGUAAUGAAGUGGGUUUUUGAGGACUGACAUCGCAGCGCUCUCUCAGUCACCAGGUUGGAGCAUCUGAUUUAAACGGCCCUGCCAUCGGACAAACAAGCUGGGUAGGAACUUGGGCGCUUACGGUAAUUGACUGUUGCAGAUCGCGCGAAUGCCGGACUUGAUGUCGUCUCUGAUUCGAUCGGCGGUGUUAUUAUAAACAGACGGGAGUUAUCAGCCUUGUGGUGGGUGACCACCUCCUAUCCGUCGUGUGGACGAGGCCACAUUAUUGCCUUUGAAGUUAUCUGAGCCACGCAUUAAUUUGAUGAUGGCCUCUUCUCUGCGAUGCCACUGAUGAUCUCCUUUUAAUCUGUGGUAUAUCACAGACCGGAGCAGUAGCGUGUACACGCGCGAACCACGCACUGCCGCCCAUCGGCUCCCAUGUGGAUAACAAGGUUCUCAAAUUGUGCGAGGAGCCCUAUUGCAGAGUGCCCAGCAUAUGCCCACACGCUCGCUGAUAAACAUUCGCACAUACAAUGAACACGUAUAAAUACAAAUAACAGUUAUUUACAACGCUUUGUCAUUCAUCUGUUGAAUGAAGGCGUCCCCACUGCUGUGCUGGUCACGAGAGUGUUUUUUACCAUUUGACCAUACUUCACCGUGCUGAUCAGUACCUCCACGGUAAUCCGUGGAUAAGAGGUAUACGAGGAAGUGGUCUCCCAGGGGUGCUGAGUUCAUCCGAUUCUUAUUUCUUGGUGGCAAAUUCAUCCGAUUAUCUGUGUUCAUCCACGGGUAACCCGGUGGAUAAAGAUAAGUUAUGUAUGCAGAUACCUGUGGAUGAUAGCAUUCACCUGUAGUGUCCCCCACAUCAACUGGCAUACAAACAGUUCCACUCUUUCUAUUUUUGGCUUGAAACUACAUCUGGGUACAAGCUGUCUAAUAUGUGCCAUGUUUAUACACACAUCUAUAUUUGAAGCAUUCUGUAUCCGUAUCUAAACUGUAAUGAUUUCCAGACUAAUUUUGUUCUUGCAGUCACCCAUAUUAAUAGCACAGUGUGUGCAUCCUCUUGGCGUGUUCUCCUCUUGCCACUGCAAAUGGUAAACAGUUGUAAACGUGACACCAUUACAACACGUCCUCAUUAUUUUCUAGUUUUGGUUUAAAUUCCCAGUUGAGCUUCGUGCUCGACGCCACGCGCUGUAAACAUCGCUUCCACCAGCAGCCUGUUGUUAUCUCUGGCAGCGUGGGCCCUGGUGGCUAAAUGCGAUGAGAAGGGGUGGCUCUCAUAUGCCAGGCUGCUGUGACAGUGCUUUUGCCUUGUAGGGGAGUGUUGGACAGUCGCAGGUCACCCCCGGUUCCACUCAAGUCUGUAUAUAUUCACGAGUACAAGAAUAUUGACACGGUUGCACUUGAGCACCACCCGUGUUGAGUCAAAUAACCUGUUAUCCAGGUCUUUAUCCUUGUUAAUUGGGCACGGGCAUGCCCGCGGUGGUGGUUGUUGUGUUCGGGUGGUGUCUGGUGUACAGUAUUGACAGCCGUCGAGCUCCACAAUGAACCCACUUUCGCACUAGACACAGCCACAGAUCAUCACCAGCCAUGAACGAUCCACUGCUUGAUGAAGGCUGCUCCAAGCCGCCACCACCUCAUGAUUCCGCGAUGUAAUAAUCCGUGUAGUGCUCGCAAAUUAACUAAUUUCAUGGCUCCCAUCUCCUCGGUGGACAUCCACUCGGACGCGUUCCACUCCUUGGCUGCCACUCCCUUAUUACUCUUGACCAUCCUUCCAUCGUCCCUUUUAUAUCGACGCAUCCUCCCCAAGUCCACUUAUUUUACUUAACAUGUUUUGCAUGUCAUUAACCUUUGUAUGUUCUCGAAGCCAAGUCUUCCACAUCCUGUCUCUUUGUAAUUUCACAGACACCAGAGUUAUUUGAUAUAUGUCAUUAUAUUAACAUGAUUUUUAAUGAGGUGUUUCUUAUGAUUUUUUUUAAAUAGAUCAAACAUUUUAGGUUUACUGUAGUUUCUUUCACGUUUUGUAGAGCUAUAAUUUUUUUUCUCUCUACAGCGCCUCGUGACCUCCAGGUGAAAGGAGCUUUAGAAGUGUAAAUUAUGGUUAUAAUUAGCACGUACAAUCCGUGACAAUGCGAUUUGUAUUUAUAGAGUAGCUAGAUUCAACCGUGUCUCAAGAUGCUGUACGUAUUCACGAUGCGAAACACAAAACAUCUUAGAGCUGUUUUUGCCACUUCUAAGGACUUCAAUUUGUACUUUCUUUUUUGUGCUUGAAAGUUUUUUUUUCUGAAAAUGUAAAUAAGGGAGGAAUUAUAAUGUGUUGUAUACUGACAUUGCCAUAGAGUUAAACAUAUUUUGUCCAAGGGAGCUUUAACCCCACCAGUUGCAUCAAGCUGCUCGCUGUAACUCAUGCCAGGCGCUGGUGGCUCCGCACGCAGUCUGUAAUCCAGCGCUGUGGAGGCAGUGACAGUUGGUGGAUCACACAAUUCCGUGAAACUCCCAGCCUACCCAUGGGUGUUGAGAUCGCCAACUCCUGAAUUGUCAGGGCAUGAUGGCAGUACAGCAAGUGGAUUCAUUGCCAUGUUUAUACUGGUAGGAAACGUAGUGGACUGGAAGCCCAACCGGGAUUAAUUCCAUCUGUUGACCCCACCCUCAAGCGUGGGUUUUCAGUGUGCUCUGGGAUUCUCCCACAUAAACAAGUCAUUCCCGAGAUACGGAUGUCCGACUUGCGAACAUCCGUACUUACGAAUUAGCUGCCAUAAGAUGUUAUUGUUUUUAACGAUCCGACUUACGAAUGAUCAGUCGUGCUUACGAACCGACCCGCGGAACUAUUUUGUUUAGCGGAGUGAUCCUCCGUGAGAUGUGAUGAGUCCCAGUAUCCCGCGGUGAUACACAACGCCCCUUCCAACAAGCAAGCCAGCAUCAGGACUCAAGGUUGCGGCCUGGGUGCUCGGGCUCUCCACUGGCACGGAGCGGCUCACCGCGACGGUUGCUCACUCCAGCCAGACUGCUCUGCUGAAGUGACCCAGCGUUCGUCCCCUCGUCAACACCUGCUCCACGGCAGGGCCGGCCGCCAUGGAGAGCUAUGCCAAGUUCUGUUGCCUCGUCAUCUUCAUCAGCUUCAGCGUCUUCCAGGCGCUCUUCAAUUGGGUCAGCCCCCCGCUGUCUCGCCUCUUCUGCCCGGCUUUUGCCUCCCUCACUCCGGCCAAACAGAUCGAGUGGCAUUCCAGGACGGUCUCGACGUUGCACGCCUUGAUCGUGGGCUUCUUCUGCCUCUACAUACUGUGGUUCGAUGAUGCCGUCAAUAAGGACCCAGUGUGGGGAGAUCCUAAAAUCGUGCAGCUCAACAUUGCCAUCACGACGGGAUACCUGUUCUCAGAUUUCCUGCUGAUCGUAUGCAACUGGAAUGCCAUUGGGGACAAGUUCUUCAUCAUGCACCACCUGUCUGCCCUCUAUGCCUAUUACUACGUCAUGGAUCGGGGCGUGCUGCCGUACUUUGCCAAUUUCCGGCAACUCGCCGAGCUGUCCACGCCGUUUGUAAACCAGCGGUGGUUUUACGAGGCGCUGGGGUACCCCAAGGCGGGCGGCCCGUACGUGGUGAACGGCGUGCUCAUGGCGGUGGCCUUCUUCGCGGUGCGCGUCGCGGUGAUGCCGCCGUACUACGGCCGCAUGCUGGCCACCGUGGGCACGGAGGCGUUCGCGCGCCUCGGCACGGGCCCCCAGGUGUCGUGGGUGCUGUCCAGCGUGUGCCUCGACGUCAUGAACGUCAUGUGGAUGUACAAGAUCGCGCGCGGCUGCUACAAGGUGCUGUUCGUGCGGAGCCGAGGGCGGCCGGUCACCAACGGGAAGUCGCAGUGAGGCCGCCGGCGCCGAGUAAAACGCGAGCCGCCGCCGCCGCCGCCGCCGCCCUGGCGCGAGCGCCGGCGGCGGCGGCGGCCACGAGACGACGCGAUCCUUCCCUCCUCCCUGACGCACGCGGGCCGCCCGCCCCCCCGCCCCCCCGGGUUUAUCUCGCCAACAACGGGCGCGCAUCCUGCAGCACAUCCUGCAGCGCAUCCUGCAGCACAUCCUGCAGCGCAUCCUGCAGCGCAUCCUGCAGCACAUGUUGCAGCACAUCCUGCAGCACAUCCUGCAGCGCAUCCUGCAGCACAUGUUGCAGCACAUCCUGCAGCACAUCCUGCAGCGCAUCCUGCAGCGCAGCGGCCGAGCACGGUGGCAGCAAUCGCGACGAACGGCGACGCGUCGGCCGAUCGUCGUGUUGCGUGUUGCUCGGUCGCCGUGAUUGGCGGGUGACCGCCGAGGGUGCGAUCGGUCGCGGGGGGUGCAGGGGAGGGGGCUCGGCUUGACUUGUUGGGUGGCCGCUGUCGCCGUGGAAUCUCGUGCAGCUGCCCAGCAGAUGCGUGCCGAGUGGUCUGCGCGUGUCAGAUUUUAUUUGUUGACAAGGAUUAGAAACAUUCAGCUGUAAGCUGUUUUACAAGAGUGACCCCGCGGAGGACCUUGGUGAAAAAAACAACGUUAAAGCAUUAAAUUCGUAACAUGGCAGACACUGAGCAGCAAACACCUUCGAGGAAAACAACGUUGCAGGAGUAUCGACACUGCAUUGUUGAUCACACGGAGGCUUAGAAGAGCCGCUAAGGCCCUGCGCUCACUAAAAUGGAGCCUUAAAUGUCCAUUUUCAAUUGGUUGUCACUUUCUCAGAUUUUUGGUGGAAAAUUUUCACGAUCCAAAUUUGUGAAAUUGUCUGAGCAGCAACAUCGCCCCCUGCUGUGAAACCGCGACAGACGGUGGCGGCAUUGCAUUGUAAGACUGAUGGCACGAAAACCAAAAUUAACUCAAUUGUAACCAUUAUUGUGAUGAAUUAUUAAAAUCUGAAAGGGGGGAGGGGGGAAUGGCGUUUGAGGGCAGCUUCACUGUGGCCAAGGCCCCCGAUGGAAGCUGCCCGGAGUCGUGAGCCGCCUUUGUGCCACUCCACAGCCUCCAGCGCAGAGCGCUGCGGAUCUUGAGCGGGGCUUCCUCCUGCAUGGCGCCGACUGUCACUCUAGCGUGGAGCAGCAGCAGCAGCUGUUUUACGAGAUGCCUCCACAAUGCAAUAAAAUGCAAUAAUGUUAA